CAGAAGCAAUUAUCAACUAAAACCCUAACCCAGUCCCAAGCCACUCAAACGGAAACCGACCCGCAUCCCAACCCAAUCAAUAACCAAGAAUUAGAACCCAUCUUGGAUAACUUAAUCAAAAAAUUUACUACUUUAAAAAAUAAAAUCACCACCAAACUGGCAGCUCAGCAACAAACUAUCAGCGAAACUAACACCAAACUGCAACAAUCCAACCACAAAUUAGAAACUACUCUUAAAGAAAACCAAGAAAAUGAACAAGUUUUAGAACAACUACUCAAAGAAUUUAAGGAAUUAACUGCCCAAUUAUCAUAA